AUGUACGCUAAGAGGAAGGAAGGAAGCUGGGGAAUGGUGAGUGUCAACACCACGGUCCAGGAUGAGACAAUGAACAUCCACGAAUACAUCACAAAGAUGACCCCAACUGACAGCGUGCUCAACAAUAACCCGACGGACCAGUUGCACGAACCAAAACAUGCUAACCAGUGCGCUAGGACUGGGACACACUUCAAAGAAGUGGAGGAGAGAACUCAGUUCUGGAUUGAACUCUUCAGUGACCUGAGGGAGAGGCAUCUUUUCAACGGCAGUCAUGAACAUAAAUGCCUUCUACGAUAUGUCUUCCUCAAUGUCUUGCAAAAAGAGCUUGACGAGUACAGAGAUCUCUGGAACACUCACACCAUCCGACCUGUGCGCCAAUCUUGUUGUCCAUCUGGUAAACCAGAAGCCAUGUAUCACCUGCCUCAUAGGUAUGGUGGAAGAGAGUGUGGAUUCCAAGUGCCUCAAGACAUCCUGCACCAGUUUGAUGACAUUCUACCUGCUCAGUACAGUCUAUGUGGGGACGACAAUCUCCAGGUUCAUUUCACAAACUUGGAAAGACAGAGUGAGCUCCCUCGACCAGUCAACUGGACUACUGCAGUUGAAAAUUAUAUAACACUCAAAAAUAUGACUGGACUUUAGAAGUCAAUGUAAAAUCAUCUGCUAGAUGUGGGUACAAUUACCACUGACACUAAUUGUCACAAACCAACUUUAAUGAGUAUUGAAAAAAAUAGUACCAUAGUUUUUAUAUAAAUAGUUUCACUACCGUCAACUUUUCAGUGUGUACGCUUUCGACCUGAAGAAAUCAAAAGACCAUACUGUACAAAAUAACUUGUUCCU